AUGGCUACCGAAGAAUUGGUGACCGAGCAAUUUAAAUUUUUAGGAAUAGAAGUAUCAAAAGAAGUUUUAUCAAAAUGUGUGAGUAUAUGCACAGAAUAUGAUGUAGACGCUGAAACUUUCAUAGAACAAUGGAUGGCGUUUAGUUUGACUACUUUAAACGGUGCUUCGCCGACUUUAGAUAACUUAGAAUUACUUGAGAAGAGGGAAUUUUCCAAACGGUCUGCGAGUCGACUCACCGCUGUCGCUAAUGAAGUUACACAUUCAAGUACCGGCACAAGUUUGACUGUUUACGGAGCGCCUGUUGCUAAACAAGAAAACUCAGUUAAAUACACAUCGAGGACGAACCAAGGAACAGUGGUGCAUUCAUACGGCGAAGAUAAGUUGUUGGAUAUGAUCACGAACACAACGGUCUUGGAUAAUUUACUUGAACUAAAUAUUGUACAAAUACCCAAUGAUGACGGCGAACUAUACAACAAAGCGAAGUACGGUUUUGAACUGCUGCAUGAAAAAGCGAGUAUAUUUGAUAAUCACAUCCGAUAUAUAUCACAGUGUAUCAUGAAGAAGAACGGCUUGUCCGAAACAGUCUCAGUGAGGUAUAAAACACAGACUGAAGUUUUUGUAGCUGGUCGUAUUGAAUGCGACGCAGAUGCCAGAUUAAACUCAAAAAGUGUAAUCUUACAAGGUACUUGGGAAGAUUCACUGAGCCAGACAGUCCCUCUAGAUUUGGAUAGUGUGCAGCAGUAUUCUCUGUUCCCGGGCCAGGUGGUUGUAGUCCGUGGUAUAAAUCCACGCGGCAACAAGUUCGUGGCCCAGGAGUUGUUCAGCGACGCGGCCCGCGCUGUGCCAGAUCCGGCAUCAGAUAUCACGAACACGCUAAAAGGUACAUUGUCAAUGGUUGUAGCGGCAGGUCCGUACACCACGUCUAAUAAUAUGUCGUACGAGCCGUUAAAAGACUUCAUAGCAUAUCUGAAUACUCACAAACCUCACGUGGUCAUAAUGACGGGGCCGUUUGUGGACUGUGACCACGAGAAAGUCAAAGAUAACUCAAUGGCUGAAACAUAUAAGUCGUUCUUCGACAAACUUAUUGAUAGUAUAGCUGAUAUCGCCAAUACAAGUCCUUUCACAAAAAUAUACAUAGUGUCAAAUCACAAGGACGCCUUCCAUGUGAACAUCUACCCUACACCGCCCUAUAGCAGUCGAAAGAAACAUCCAAACAUACAAUUUCUACCAGAUCCCAGCACUUUAAACAUUAAUGGAUAUAUAGUAGGCAUCACCAGUUACGAUGUGCUUAUGAGCAUCAAUCAAGAAGAAAUAUCACAUGGUUUAGUUGGCGAUAAGUUAUCUCGUCUGUCGGGCCACGUGUUGCGACAGCAGUGCUAUUAUCCAACGGCUGGUUCUAUCGGCUCGCUGGCUGUGGACGGAGCGCUGUGGGCUGCGCACGCGCAACUACCCGCAACUCCUCAUAUACUAGUAGUGCCCUCUAACUUCAGAUAUUUCGUCAAGGAAGUUAACGGCUGUGUAGUCAUAAACCCUGAACAUCUCAGUAAAGGAGCGGGCGGCGGGACGUUCGCACGACUGGUCGUUCGUCCCCCAACAGAAGAAAAAACUAAUAGUAAUAUAGCCGCACAGAUAGUACGCAUUUAA